AGCCGGCAGGCCCCGCUCGGCCUCCUCCCCCCGCUGCUCCAACAGGCCGCGCAGGCGCAUUGGCUCCUCUGUGCGCUCUACUGUUUGCAUUGUGUCUGAACUGCCGGCGAGCUUUAAAAAUAUUAUACCCACCGCGGCAAUGUCGGGCAGGUCGGUCCGAGCUGAGACCCGGAGCAGGGCGAAAGAUGACAUCAAGAGGGUUAUGGCCGCUAUUGAGAAAGUACGAAAAUGGGAGAAGAAAUGGGUGACAGUUGGAGACACAUCCCUUCGCAUCUACAAGUGGGUCCCGGUGACGGAGCCGAAAUCAGACGACAAGAACAAAAAUAAGAAGAAGGGUAAGGACGAUAAAUACGGCUCUGAGGUGACGACUCCGGAGAACAGCUCCUCUCCAGGGAUGAUGGACAUGCAUGAUGACAACAGCAACCAGAGCUCCAUCGCUGACUCGUCCCCAGUGAAGCAGGAAAACAGCUGUAGCACCAGCCCCGCCCCGGAGUCCAACGCCGCGUCUCACCGCGACAACGGCGAGGCCAAGACUGACCAGAGCCCAGACAGCAAGAGAGGGAAGAGCAUCCCUACAUCAGAGACCUCAGAGCGAGCACAAAGUGCCAAGAGAGACAGUCUGUCCUCGGGGGAGAAGGAUUCCUCAGACAGCAAAGCCACUCAGGAUCUACAGGAGGAGACCCCGCCCAGCAAGAAAAGCAAACUGGAGUCCUCAUCUCAGGACUUUGAGGAGAGCUAAAUGUUUCGGGCUGAGUCAUUCUCUCCUUCACCUUCCUGUCUCCCUUCCUCUGUACCUCCUCCCAUUAAUUCUAGAUGAUUUAGGGCUAAUGGACACACCGGCUCUCCUCUUAGAUUGUUUUUUUUUCCCCCCUCCCUGCUCUUCUAAACCAAGGGGAGAACGGACGUCUCUCUUCCUUAUCGCUGUUUCCCACUUCCCGUUUCGCCACCUCUACCCAAAUACUGCCACCGAGGGAGGAUGGAUAUUACCUCUUGUUCAGUGGUUCCCCCUUCGUGCUUCCUUCCAGUCCUCCACAUUUUGUUUUGCCAAGAGAAGCGCCAGACUCAAGCCUCGGGACAGCGUCGGCAGCUCAGCCCCAGCCACCGCCAGACCAGAACACAAACCCCAACCCGCUUCUGUGACUUAAAGAGCUCUGAGAUUAGGACGAGGCCGAUCGCAGACGCUGCUCUGAGAUCACUCUUUUGUUUCACUGCUAGCGGUUUAGCUCAGGAUAAGUCAAGGGGCUGACCUGGUCUCAGAUCAGUGGCUGUGGCAGCCCCCCGCCCCCCCCUCCUCACCCCCAAGGCCACGUCUCGCUUUCAAUCCUCCCGAUUCGCCUCCUGCUAGACUAAUGUUCUCUUUUGUUUAGGGAAUGUUUAGUUAUAUCUCUCUUUUUGUUGUUUUUUCUCCCUCAGGAGGGUCAAUGCACUGUUAUGGUAUGUCACAAUCGAUCACAGAUAGAUUUGCUGCUGUAGUGGAUGUCUUUUAUCUCUAUCCAUGAAAAGUUCUCCAUGUUUGUGUUUUUAUUUUUCUCCUAAAGUGAAUUAGCUCGCGGUUCGUAGAGGAAGAGGGCAACGGUGCACGCCGAGACGGACUAUUGGAUAAGUAGUGAGGACAGACAUGGUUAGAGCGCGUCCCGGAGGUGUGUGCCUUGAGUUGUUACGACUAAUACAAGUUUUAGUUCAAGCAGGUUUGGACUUACGUUUUGGUGCCAUGCUUUGUUUCGGUUUGUUUUUUGCCUUAUAACUGUCACUAAUUAGUUUUUCCAAUUAUUUAUAUUUAACUCCACCUGUUAGGAUAUUUUCUCUGAGGAAAAGAUUUGGGAGAUAUUUGCUUCCUUGCUGCGGGUAAAAAAAAAAAGACAUAAUGUGAUUUAGAGCGACACCAAGUCGGCUGUACGUAAAUGCAGGCAGUUAUUUGGGCAGCAAGGUAUCAUUACGUGUUGGCAUCCGCCCGCUCGCUUUCCUCCCAGCAAGGAAGUAAACGUGUACUACUCCUAUAAAACGCGUCAAAAUUAGGUUUUAACACUACCCAGAAGUUGAUCAUGUUCAUUCCUUUUAAGCACCUGCAAACCUCAUUCAUCCAUCAGAACUUCCUGUUUCUUUCCACAUCACCAUCGACUCGCAUUCUAUCGUCUUAUUUCCCUGUACUGGUUCCGUGUCACUACUCGCCUGUGACCUACACAUGCUGGUGCCGCUCGCCACUAAAGGUCCAGUCUCUCUCUCUGCUUUUUUUUUUUUGUCGCUCAAACAUUUGGUUCUGAUCCUCCUUCAAGGUGCUGUCUGUCGGCUGAAUCCAUACGCACGUGGCAUGGUGCCCCCUGACUGUGUGCUGAUUAGUGCAGUUUACUUGAACUUUAAAGUACGGAUUCAGACCUACGACCUCUAAUGUAAAAAGAAAAAAAAAACUGUCUCAUGUUAAGAUUUACUUUCAUUAAUCCAUCCUGGAUGAAUUUAGAUCAACUGAAUCACUGCGAACCGUGACGGGACGGGGCUACGAUGCAUUUUACAACCCAGAAUCAGAUUUUCAGCAAAUCAACAUUCACACGGAUGGAGAGGAAGGAGUUAAAACAUUGUCUCGGUUCAGAGGGUGGAUUAGCAUAUACCUCAUUCCCAGUCCAGCAGAGCUGGAACUUUAAAAAUGCUAUUGUAUUGACAUUAACAGUUAUAAACAGCAUUACAUAUACACUCAGUUUAAGAAAAACAAAUUCUCACUUAUGUUGUAGCGUUCACUUGAUUGAGCCAAUUGAUUUAUAGUUUGCUCAUAACUGUGUGUAAAAAGAAAAAUGAGAAAAAAAAAGAGCUGUGAGAUGAAAAAAAAACUUUUUUUUUUCCUUGGGACCAUUUUUUUUUUCUUUAGAUCGUGUACAGAUUUAUGGUUUGGUUUGACUUAUUUAUUCCAUCAGUAGUGCUUGGUUUUGUUUUUAUCAUGUCCAGUGGUUUUGUUUUCUUAAUAAAAGUCAUACAAAUGCUC